AUGUUUGCCCCAAGGACAGUUCGGCCCGCGCAGUCGCUCUUUCAACGCGCUGCAGCUCAAUCUUCCUUCGUCCGUUCCCCCGUUGCGGCAAGAUCUUUUGCGACAGUUCAGCAGGAUAUUUUCAAGCCCACGAAGUAUGGUGGCAAAUAUACAGUGACGCUCAUUCCAGGCGAUGGUAUUGGUGCCGAAGUCGCGGAAUCGGUCAAGACCAUCUUCAAAGCCGACAAUGUACCCAUUGAAUGGGAGCAGGUUGAUGUCAGUGGCGUGGAUACCGGCAACAAGCACUCGGAAGAACUCUUCAAGGAAUCGAUUGCAUCUCUUCGACGAAACAAGUUGGGUCUGAAGGGUAUUUUGUUCACCCCGGUCGAGCGCUCUGGCCACCAAUCCUUCAAUGUCGCCCUUCGACAGGAACUUGAUAUCUUUGCCUCGGUCGUGCUCAUCAAGAAUAUCCCCGGCUACCAGACCCGCCACGACAAUGUUGAUCUCUGCAUCAUCCGUGAGAACACCGAGGGUGAAUACUCUGGCCUUGAGCACCAGUCGGUGCAGGGUGUCGUUGAGUCGUUGAAGAUCAUUACUCGUGCGAAGUCUGAGCGUAUCGCCAAGUUCGCGUUUAGUUUUGCUCUCGCCAACAACAGGAAGAAGGUCACAUGUAUCCACAAGGCGAACAUCAUGAAGUUGGCGGAUGGCUUGUUCCGCAGCACCUUCCACAAAACCGCAGAGAAUUAUCCGACCCUGGAGGUUAACGAUAUGAUUGUCGACAACGCCUCUAUGCAGGCCGUUUCUCGGCCCCAGCAAUUUGAUGUGAUGGUCAUGCCCAACUUGUAUGGCGGUAUUCUCUCCAACAUCGGUGCUGCCCUUGUGGGUGGCCCUGGUGUUGUUCCCGGAUGUAAUAUGGGUAGGGAUGUUGCCGUUUUCGAGCCUGGCUGCCGUCACGUUGGUCUUGAUAUUAAAGGAAAAGACCAGGCUAACCCCAGUGCGAUGAUCCUCUCUGGGUCGAUGCUUCUCCGCCACCUUGGCCUCGACGACCACGCCAACCGCAUCUCCAAGGCUGUCUACGAUGUGAUUGGUGAAGGUCAAACACGGACUCGGGACAUGGGCGGACAGGCCACCACCCACGAGUUCACCCGUGCUGUCCUGGACAAGAUGGAGGCUGCUUUGUAA